GUCAUUUUGUCAAAAGGGGAGUUUAAAUGAGCAUAUGCUCAUUCAUACUGGAAAGAAACCUCAUGUGUGCAAAGCAUGCAAGAUGUCAUUUAGGCAAAAGAUGGGUUUGAAAAUGCAUAUGCGUAUUCACACAGGAGAGAAGCCUCAUAAGUGUGAAGUAUGUAAAAAGUCAUUUAGUCAAAAGGGAGGUUUAAUUGAGCAUAUGAGUAUUCAUACAGGAGAGAAACCGUAUAGGUGUGAAGUAUGUAUGAAAUCAUUUAGAGUAAACAGUUCUUUAAAGAUGCAUAUGUUAAUUCACACUGGAGAGAAACCUCACAUGUGUGAAAUAUGUAAGACCACAUUUAGUCGAAAGUGUAGUUUAAGAAAGCAUAUGCUUAUUCACACCGGAGAAAAACCUCAUGUUUGUGAAGUGUGUGAGCAGUCGUUUAAUGAAAGAUAUAUGUUAAACAGCCAUAUGCGUAUUCACACUGGAGAGAAAACUCAUAUGUGUAAAGUAUGUAACAAGUUAUUUAGAAGAAAGGAUCAUUUGAAUGAGCAUAUACUUAUUCACACAGGAGAGAAACCUCAUGUGUGUGAAAUAUGCAAGAAAUCGUUUAAUAAAAGAUAUAAUUGGAAAAAGCAUAUGCUUAUCCACACAGAGAAACCUCAUAUGUGUGAACUAUGUAAGAAAAUGUUCAGUGUAAAGGAUAGUUUAAAGAAGCAUAUGCUUAUUCACAUGCUACAGAAAUCGUAUAUGUGUGAAGUAUGUAAGAAGACGUUUAGCAAAAAAGGCCGUUUAAACAGGCAUAUGUUAAUUCACGCUCGAGAGAAACCUUAUGUGUGCGAUGUAUGUAAGAAGUCAUUUAAUCAAAAGAACAAUUUAAAUGUGCAUAUGCUAAUUCACUUAGGAAAGAAACCUCAUCUGUAAGUUAUCUAAAAUUUUAUUUGUAUAUAAAGAUGAUUUAAAUGUGGGUACCACAUUCAAGAGAAAUGUCAUGAGUUAUAUGUGUAACAAGUCAUUUGAAGCAGUGAAGAAUUUGAAGAAAUGUAGAGGAAAGUGCAGAAUCACCCACUGCUUGGCACAUUUUAAAGAAUUGCAGAAACUCAGUAUAUCAUGUACACAUCGACCUAUUUUGACAUGAAAAAAUUGCACAAAUUCGGCAUUGCACUUUCCCUGGACUUUACUAGUCCAUUUACACAUCGAUGUAUUUUCACUUAAAAAGUCAAAGGAAAUUGUCAAAAAUCCAAUUCCUCCUACUCUUGUAAAAAGUGCCAAAUAAGUGGCCGAUUCUGCACUUCACCCGAAAUGUAUGUUUAUCCAUGCAGAACUUCCUCUCUUUUCAGCAUAUAUUAGUAACAAGUUUUAUUUAGCCUUUCAGUAAGCAUUUCUGUUUGCAGCCAAGAAACCUAAUUAUGCAAAUUCAAACCUGGUUUGAUUGCAUCAGAUGACAGGAUUUAUGGGCAGCAAAAUUUUUAGACUUAAAUACUCAGUGGCAUAAUUUAGGUUCUGCAGAGAUUAUACUGAAUGGCAUAAAACCUACCGGUGACCCUGAGUGAGGUAUGUCAAUUCUCAUUUGAUCAAAAUAAGUAAAUAAACCAUUUUUUUCACAAA